GGCAAAAGUCGGCCGCAGGAACAGGAACAGCUACUUGGAGAUGUGGCCAUCAGCGACGGGAUACUGCAGCAUGACUUGGGGAGAAAGCUUGUCGGUCGGUUCGUGCCGGAGACGAAGCUCCUGGAACCAGGCGUGGAAAUACGGGGAGUACUGGUGAAGUUGCGGACAGAACAGGCAUGGGAGCUGCUGCAGACAGAUGUUGCCAGCAAUCUUGAGGUCUUGAAAGGGAAAAUCUGGUCUUCUGGUUAUCCUGGUACGCGUUGGGAUUCUCUUUUCAGAUCGGACUACCUGCACAAGAAUCGCGGUGAAGAGAAAUGUGAAGAGUGUGCAGGUGAUGAUGGAGUCUGUAUGCGGUCGAUUGAGAUGACUUGUCAACAGCUCGGCUGCAAUGAAACCGAGACUGUGAUUCGCCGAAGGUUGGAUUAUCAGAGUGGCUCUAUCAUUCACAUUGGACGCGUAGGUUCUGGGGACACGGUGAUGAGGUUGGGAAAGGAUCGUGAUGAGAUUGUGGAGCGAGAUGGCAUCAUUGCAUUUGAGAUGGAAGGUGCUGGGGUGUGGGAGACCUUUCCCAACUGCUUGGUCAUCAAAGGCAUCUGUGACUACGCGCAUCGUCACAAGAACAAACAAUCUCAGGGAUAUGCAGCUGCGACCGCAACCGCCGUCGCAAAGUCGUUUUUGAGAUCGAGAAAAGCGGGCAAUUUCCCGGCUGAGGCUCACGGCCUGUUGGACGUGCUGUUUACAACACCAUAUCUAGACCGCAAGAAUCGUAAUCCCGAUGUGGUCCAGGCGGACCCUGGGUGUGGGAAAUCAGUCCUGGCCAAACAUCUGGUGGAGGAUGUCAUUCCAACCACCACGGCUCGAAAAACCUGUUACUUUCUUUUCAAAGACGAUGUUGAGGAUCAAAAGACAAUGAACAGCGCGCUGAGUUGUGUAUUACAUCAGCUCUACUUAAUCCUGAGGGCUUCAAGAGCUCAUGCGCCUGAACAAAACCGGAGCAUGCCCGAUUUAAGCUUCAUUCUGACUAGUCGACCGCUUCAGGCCAUUCGACGGGAGUUCCAGCUCAGGGACAGCCCGGGUUCCUCUGUAAUCCACCUACGUGGUGAAAGUCAGGAGGAGAUCCAGAAGAUAUCAGACGAGAUCAACAUCUUCAUUCGAGCCAGAGUGCAAAGUGUCCCGCAUCGGACUUACCUUUGGGCGCACUUGAUACUCGACUUGAUCGAAAAGGCGGCCGAUAUAGACAAAGUCGGAGAUGGAUGA